AAAAAAAACUGUAAAAAUAUUUGAAUUCCAUUCUUUUCCGACCUGUUUUUGCCUGUCACUCACAAAUUGUGUCCCCUCUCUCUCUCAUACUCCCCUGACGGUGUUGUAAGCUAAAGAUCUUCGGCGGCGUAACAAUGAGUGUGAUCAACAUUCUCACUAGAGUUGAGGCGAUCUGCCAGAAGUACGACAAAUACGACGUCGAAAAGCAACGAGACUCCAAUGUUUCCGGCGACGACGCGUUUGCCCGCCUCUACUCUUCCGUCGAAUCCGACAUCGAAACUGCCUAUCAGAAAGCUGAAACAGCUGCAAAUGAGUCGAAUAGGGCGUCGGUUGUGGCAUUGAAUGCUGAGAUUCGUCGAAUUAAAGGUCGAUUACUUGAAGAAGUGCCUAAAUUGCAGCGCUUGGCUCAAAAAAGGGUGAAAGGGCUUUCAAUUGAGGAACUUUCGGCUCGUAAUGAUUUAGUCCUUGCUUUGCCUGAUAGAAUUCAAUCCAUACCAGAUGGAACCCCUGCAGCUAAAAAGAAUGGGGGUUGGACAUCUGGUUGGACUUCUUCAGCUACUCGCCAAGAGAUAAAAUUUGAUUCAGAUGGAAGAUUUGAUGAUGAGUAUCUACAGGAGACUGAACAGUCAAGCCAAUUUAAGCAAGAAUAUGAAAUGAGAAAAAUCAAGCAGGAUCAAGGUCUGGAUGUGAUAGCAGAAGGUUUGGACACACUGAAAAACAUGGCACACGAUAUGAACGAGGAGAUGGAUAGGCAAGUUCCCUUGAUGGAUGAGAUUGAUACCAAGGUGGAUAAGGCAACUUCUGAUCUCAAGAAUACUAAUGUCAGACUUAAGGAUACAGUGACACAGCUGAGGUCGAGUCGAAACUUCUGCAUCGAUAUCAUCCUCUUGUGUAUAAUUCUUGGGAUUGCUGCAUAUUUGUACAAUGUAUUGAAGAAGUAAAUGAUAAGGGGAGCUGCCUGCCAUGUGGCUCCGGUAUUUUCUCGUCUGUCAGUGUUGAGGGUGUGGGUUGUUGGUGUGUUUUUAUCUCCAUGUCUUUUUUUAUACCUUUGCUUGUUCUUGGAAAAUCAAUGUGUAUUGCAUAUCAACACUUCAUGUACAUCUGUCCUUGUAUACACAUCAUUAUUGGUAAUGUUCCUUAUUAUUAUCAUUUUAUAGAGAAGGUUAUUUUAGUUCCUCUUCAUCUGUCAUGACAUUAGAAUGCAAUAAUACAUUUGUUAUUUUAAAUUCGUAGCAAAAUCAUCUGGAUGAAAUCUGUGUAAUCAUUGGCCAAAUAAAUGACUUAGAGUGAAUGGUCUGUUUCGUGUAACAUCUGUUUCUUGGGACAGUGGAGAAAGAUUUCUUGUAUUACCAAUAUAUUUUUAAAUUCCUUUA